GCAGGGCAGCACUAGCCCGCGGCGUUGAGAGAGCAGGGUUAGCUAAAAAGGGCACGGAAGCACCUCGACAGGCGUGAAGCUGGGCCGGUAGCUAGCCCUCGACGCACCAGCCACAGCCGCGAAGCGGGGCAGCGCGUCGCGCAAGCGCGCACGCCGCCGAAGCUGCCCAAACCUGCAGGGCGGGCAGCCCGCGACCCGCGACGCGCGCACUACUGAGGCGCACGAGAACGCAAGAUGGCCGACAUGCUCACCGACAACUUAGAUGGAAGUGAACCGUGGCACAACGGCGCACCUUAUGUUCCCACGACCAUAGGCCACGUCCCGAAAUGCACGCAAAAAGCAAGGGAGUUCCUCAAGGGCUUCCCCGCCGAGGAACGGGCCGCGGCGCUCCGACCCUUCAUGAUCCGCUACCGAUUGUUCCCGGACAACUGCAAGGAUGUCCACACCGCACCUAUAACCAUAAAAGAGCUCAAAGGGUUAGUACGGGUCUGGAAGCUCCACAACCAGAAGGGUUUCUGGAGCGACCACACGACGCGGGAACAGAUCGUGCUGGCCUUGUACGAGCGCAUGCAGUACAACUACCGACAGGUCCGGGAAAAAAGACGUAGGGCGGACGAAGAUCGGAAGCGACGCGAGGCCCUCAAGCACCAGGACGGCCCUCAAUUAACGGAAGAGGAAAAAGCUGCUGCACGCAUGAAGGCCCUCGCGUCGCGCCGAGAAGGCGGUCCCCGCCGGAGAAGUCUCGAGGAAGAGCCUAAAAAAGAUCAAGAUCAAACGCCGUUGCUCAUGUACAUGUCCCGCGGCUUUGGCGAGCCCGAAGACCGGUGCAAUCCCCGCAGUCCCUCGCCGACGAAGAAGAAGAAAAAAUUCUUUUCCGACGAGCGGCCGUCGUUCGAAGAGUCGGAAGACGAGGACGAGGACAUGCAGCAGGUCCGCAUCAAAAGGAAAUGUAGUACGGCUCUCUUGAACAUGUCGCUGAACAAAAAAAUGUCGUCGCAGUUCGUCGAACAAGGGGGUAUGGCGGCUCUGCUCGACCUCGCCUCGACGUGCAAGGACGAGGAGAUCAUUACCAAUUGUGCCGCGGCUCUCAAUAACUUGAUACCCUACGGCGACUACUACCCGCCGUGGAAGCUUUGCGAUCUUGGGGUUGUGCCAGUGAUAGUUAAGUUGGUCAAGAGCGACGACGCUAGGGUGCGGCACUUCAUGGCUUUAUGUUUGUGUCGACUGUCGCAAGAACAUCAACUGGAGGAUCGAUUGGCGGGCCAAGGCGCCCUAGGUGCGGCCACUCGACUCGUAGCCGUGAGUGACAGCGUGCGAACGAAAGAAAUCGCAGCUAAGGUGUUGAUAAACUUGGCUUGUAGCAUGGAAGGCCACCAGGCCGACACUACCGUGAAGAACGUCCUCAAGUGUGUGGCUGUCCUAGUCACACAUAGGGAUAAGAACAACAACCCUGACGCCGAGACGCAGCAGUUCUGCGCCGAAGCCAUUCUCGUGAUGGCCUGUUUACCUCAAGCUAGACCUGUCCUAGCGAAGCAGGGUGUUGUCGCGUUGCUGAAGGUCAUGUUUUUAGCCUCACAAAGACCUGCAACCACCAAUGCCUGCGCGUCAGCCUUGUGCAACAUGGGCCAGGCCCACUCCUGCAGGAAGGAGAUCUUGAAUUUAGGAUUGGUCAAGAUCAUGGCCCGGCUCAUGAAGACGGGCGAAGAAGCGACGCAGCGCAUAUGUACUCUUUGUUUGACCGCCCUGGCCGCGCAAGCGGACCUAAGGCCUUCUUUGUUAAAGGAAGGAGCGUUAAGAACAAUAGCGGAGGUGGUGUACGCGCGGAAAGACGCUGAUUUAGUGAAACAAGGUGCAGGUGCAUUGCUGGCCUUUGCGUUCGACCCGUCGACGCGCGAAGACGUGGUGCAUGAAGGGUGUUUAGGUGCUCUAGUUGCCUUGCUAGAUAAAGAUGACAAAGUAGAUGAGGAAACACAAGCUAAUAGCUUGAUGGCCCUUUGUAACCUUAUAGCCGAUGCGGCUACUUGCCCACAAGUGCUGGAGGCCGGGGUGCUGUUGAAACUCGUUGGUUAUACGUCGCAGUUGACCGAAUUACCUUCGCUCGUCGAUUACUUGGCCGUUGCUGUCUUAAAUGUAUCGACCCAUAAGGACGUACGAACAUAUGUGGCAAGGACACCGGGUUGCCUGGACUUGAUAAUUGAAUUAGCGCUAUUGGGUGUAGCUAGGAAAGACCCAUCAGGUGAGUUGAUUGAGGGUGACGGUUCGGGUGCUGAUUCUGACAGAACUAAAUCUGCGCUCAAGACGCUCCUGAACUUGUCACUGGACAGCGAGACGCACGAGGCGUUACUUGAGAGAAGACGUCGUUCGUUAUUGGAUGCCCUCGCGUUGCUAGUCUAUGAAGACCGGAAGGCGCGGACCUUUGAUAGCUCGCGGCCGUGUGGUAAAGAUAGCACGUUACAUUUGAUAUCAUUGCUCUUACAUAUUCUGACCACGAAUAAGACGAACCACGACCAGUUGAUGUCCGGCGACGCGUCUAAAUUGUUAGUUUGUCUAGCCAAGACUUCUAAUGACGAAACGAGAACGGCAGUAGCCGGCUCGCUCUACAAUAUGACUCAACUCAACCCAGUAGCUGAGGAAAACGCCAUCGAAGCUCUAGUGAGAUUGUCGAAAUCCUCGGAGAACGAGCGCGUGUUGUGGUGCGCCUGGUGCUUCGCGAACCUCAGUACCUACCCGAAGGGUCGGGCGAUGUUAGGGAAACUCAGUGCAUCGUUAGUCCCAGCACUACUGGGCAUGAUGAGAAGCGGAGUAGCCGACGCCGAGAAAGUACAAUAUCACUGCGCCGUCGCCGUCUGCAACACUCUGUCGGUGUUCCUCAAGAAACAACACGUGUUGGACAUGGUCGCGAGUGGUACCGUACAGGACGUUAUCGUCAUCACGGUGUUGCGGGCGAAUGACGUGCGGACGAAGCAGGUGUUGGCGCAGGCGUUGUUUAACUUGUUGGCUCGGGUAGAUACUCGCAGAGAGAUGAUCGAGUGCGACGUCCCGAUGGCGCUCGUGCGACUUACUCGUGUCGAGGAUCCUAUUUUGAAUUUAUUGGCUACUAAUAUGUUGAAGAACUUGUCGUGUGAGGCGGACAAGAACGUCGAGAAGCUCCUGGAGAUGAGAGUUGUGAGAGUGUUGGUGUCGCAAUGUCUUUCAAGUUCGGGAGGCGUGCAGAUCAAACGGAAGUGCGCCGCGACGCUAGCUAAUCUAGCAGCAGUCCCGGAAAUUUUAGAUAAAGGCUUUUGUGAUCGACAGUCGAAUAUUGUAAGUGGGGUGAGAUCGAUAGCUGUUGCUAGAGAUGCGGAAACUUUGGAGUACGUCGCUACCAUCUGCUACUACUUAUCAGCGAUGAAGAAGGGUCGCGACGAACUCGUGGCGCAGGAGGCCGUGCCCGUCUUGGCUUCUCUAUGUAGUGGGGAAGACGUCCCGGCCAAAGUGCGGCAGUUGGUCGUAGCGGCGCUAACUCAUAUAUCCAAUGAUAGUACGACUCAUGAAUCCUUAACAGAAUUCGCCCUCCCCCUCAUCAUCGAGACGAUGGCCGGCGCGGUCCACGCCCACGACACGCGCAUGAACGCCAUGACGCUGCUAUGUAAUUUAGUGGUGCAUCACGAGCCGAGUCGCGGCGCGGCCGUCGCGUUGGAGGCCCUACCUGCCUUAAAAGCUUUCGUAAGAAGUUGUUCGGUGGACGAGCACUUCGCCGUCGUCGCCAAGAUCUUGCGGGACUUGACCUGGGACGAAGAGCACGUCCCGUUGUUAAUUGAGCAAGGUGCCAUGGCUUUAGCCGCGAGACUAGCGAAGAGGGAACCCGCUCCACUCAAACACGACGUCGCGGCCAUCGUCUGCAACCUGUGUGCGUCCGGCGCGCGGCCGUCGCAAUUGAUAGAGGAGGACGCUGUUGGUGCUUUAUUCUGGCUUACCUUACAAGACUUGCUCAAUCUCACGAGAGCGGUGACCGUCGAGUGUGCGACAUCGUUAAGGUACUUAGCGCAACAUAGUGAAAUAGUGCCCCUCAUCUGCGACGAGGCUAACCUGCUACCUUUACUGUUACGGUUCUUUAAGUAUGAUGAAUCGGAACAAGUAAGGUAUGAUGCCGCUGUGGUACUGUACUACUGCCUGGGCCACGAGCCGGCCCAGAAGGCCCUGUGUCGGGCCGGUGCUAUUAAAAUGUUAUCAGAUUUAGCGUCGACGGGCGAAAGAAUAAGGGAAGUGUGUAGUGCAGCCUUACAUCAGUUGCCCAAUAACCUCAUGCAGAAUGUUGAUGGUAAAUUACUAGGUGUAUUGAUGGGCUUGCUGGACAUGCAGGACGCGGACUUCACGGACCCAGCCACGUUCAUGCCUGAUAGGUCAUUAACAAGCAGGAAGCCCUGGCCGCUCCGAGAAGCCACGCCUUACGAACCGAAAAAAAAGAAGAUGAAGGCCGAGUGGCCCACGUCCGUCAUCGAGAAGUCGACGAAUGCCUUCGUGCCCGCGAAGUAUCAGUUGGACAUGGCCCAUCCCUGCGAGGAGAUAAAUCCCGCGCUGCAAGACGUAAAAGUGGAUUUUAUUGGCGAAUACAAGAAGAUGGGCUGCGACGCCGAGGCGCAAACAAUAAAAAAGCUGUCGUGGGGCGCGAAAUAUUUGGAAAACAAAAUUGUGGACUACUCUCCGCGCGCGCCGGCGCCGGCGCCGGUCUUCGUGGACACGACGCCGGCGUCUCCCACGCCGACGCUGGAGUCGCCCGUGCUGCCGCGCGUGCAGACGCCUCCCAGGUCCCUUGGAUCGAGACGGUCGUCUGUCGACGACGAGGAGAGGUUGCCCGCCGUCGACGCGAGGUUCCUACAAGCGGAAGACGUGGCCGCUUCUGAUGCGUUGCAGAACGCUUCCAUAACAUCAGCGUUCAAGAAAGGAGUGGAUGAGGUUGAACCGGAACCAUCACCAGCGCCGGCGCCCGCGCCCGCGCCGCCGCGGCGGCGGAACCCGCGCAAAUACGCGGUCACGAAGAAGAUGAAGCAAAAAGAUAGGAUCGCCGACGACUACUACGAGCUCCUGCGGAACGUGGCGUAA